CUUUCAUUUUCCUUCUUCUCAACAUCACUUGCUAAUUCAUCAACUAUCUUUCCCCCCCCCCCACAAACCACAGACUGGGUUACUAAGCGUUUUUUAUCAUGAAGGUGCUUCUCAAUAUCUCGUUGGCCGCCCUCUUGGCCACCUCUUCUUUGAUCGACGCGCUUACGCUGGACCAGUUUCUUGUCAAUCCCAAGGUCAAGUCACUGGCACCACAUUUGCUCGAAGAGAUCAACUCUCAAGGUGCCGAGUCCCUCACUACUAAUCAACAGGACCAUACUAGCCAUACUAAGGAAAAUAAGCUUCCACUUCUCAACGGUAUUAUCGAGGCUGUCUCACGCAAUAUUUUCUAUGGUGCUGACGCUGACUGGUCCAGGCUUGAGGAAGCCAAGCUCAAGGUUAUCCAGGAGCAUGGUCCCGAAGCUCUUAAAGCCGCAGCAAAUCUGACCGAGAUUGAUGCUCAAUGUGCCUCUCUCAUCGUCAGCAGUAUUUACGAUACGGUCAUUAAUUUACCUCCUCCUUCUAAGAGAACUCGUGAUGAAGGGGCCGAAAAAGACGAGGGACAAAACACUCAACAGAAGGGACAGGAAAACGAAAAGAGCCAGAACGAGGAGUCUACGAAAGAUAAAGAUGACUUCAGAGAGAAUGAAAAUAGUAAUGUAGGCCCCAAUUCAUCGCCCCUCUGGGAUGUCCUUGGCUUUGGCUUGAUUAAAUCAUCAAACGCAGUCAGGAUGGCCAAGAGCAUUAUCUCUCCUUCACGUGUUUGUGAGACAACCAAUACAGCCUACCUUAAAGGUGUUGAUGAUAUCGUUUACUACAGUAGCUUGACCCAUGGUCUUGCCGCGAGUGCUCUUGCCUCGGCUCCAUCAGAUUCAGCUAUCAAAUCUUUGGAUACACAAACCAUCGUCAAUGCAGUUGGCAAACUUGCAAUCGAGAUUCAGAUGGCACAAAGUGUCGCACGCUUGGUUAAACUCAACCCUGCUGAUCCUCAAGUCCGCACCAUCAUUUACCUGGCCCUUACAGCUGAAAACUCUGGCUCACCUUCUGCCCAAAACGCGCGAGAUAUCAAUAACCUUGUCUAUAACGGCCUCGGAAAUGACAUCCCUGAGGAAAUCCUUUACUCACUUAAUGGCCGAGCCGCCCUUUCGCUCAUCGCAAAUGGUACCGGUCGUAGUGGAUACGGCUCUACAUCUCUCAGUAGCAUUCCAGUCGUCCGAAGCUUCUUUACCUUCAGCUCUGAGGUAUUGACUGCUAAUGGUGUUGGUGACAUUCUCAAGUAUGUCUUCUGUCCAGAGACUAUUCGUGAGGCAGGGCGCACCAAAGUUGAAGUUGUUGACGACAUUAAGGAGGGAGCAGAGGAAGCUGCAAAAAAGGGAUCAAAGGCCGCACAAAAGGCUUUCAACAUCCCUGAGGGGGCAGCCAAGAACGUAGCGGAGGAUGCGAAGGCAAAGAGCCAAGAGACCAAGGAGAAUAUCAACAAAGCAGCGAAAAACGUGGCUCAAGAGGCCAAAUAUAGUGGUGAGAACAUCAAAAACAAGAUUGAAUAUGCUGCUGAAAACAUUCGAGCCAAGGUUGUAUCUAGUACAGAAAAAGUCAAUGCAGCAGGAGAGCAAUUUGCAGAGAGUGUUCACGAUACUGCCCAUGACGCCAAAAAAAAUGUUAAGGGCGCCGUUGGUGACAUCAAGGGAAAGGCAGUCGAAGAAGAAGAGGCGGCAAAAAAAUUGGCAAGCGAAGCAGCUAAGAAAGUUGCAGACCAGGUGGAGAAAAAAGCUCAACGAGUUGCAGACAAAGCUGAUGAGGUUAAGCAGGAGCUCUAAAGAAAAUGAUAUGCUUUUUGCUUGAUUCCCCUCUUUAGUGUCAAUACAAUGCGAUUAUUUUCAUUUUUUUUACCUUUACUUCGUACCCCCCAGGUCUACACUCUUGCACAACAUGCUCACUUCACUUGUGUAGAAAGGACGGCACUCGUAAUAAAAUUAAAAUUUGGAACAUGC